AUGGGGAAGAGCCGGGCGCGGCGGUUCCGCAGGGCCCCCUUCUCCCCCACCGGCCCCGAGCAGCGCCGCGACGGGGAGGGCAGCCCCGAGGAAGAGCCGGCCGCGGAGCUGCUGGAGAAGCUGCAGCAUCCAAGUGCUGAAGUGAGAGAGUAUGCCUGUGCCAGUAUUUCCAAGCUGUUGCAGCAGAAGCAUGUAAUCCCAGCCUUUCUGCAGAGAGACGUUGUCCGGUGUUUAGGACCGUUGUUGAUGGACCACAGUUUAGCUGUUCGCGAGACAGCUGCAGGUGCUCUCCGAAAUCUGAGUGCUUGUGGAGGAUUUGAAGUCUGUGAUGACAUGGUGACAAAAGACAUCAUGACACCCCUUGUCGCACUUCUGAAAGAGUGUAGCACUGGACUAGAUGCUAACCAGCUCUCUCCAAAGAAAUGCAGAGAGGUGAACAAAAAUUAUAUUGAAGACAUAGCCAAUGAGGCUAUUAAUUUGCUGUGGAAUGUAUGUGAAUGCAACAAUACCGCAGUAUCCAUAUUCAAUAAAGAAGGAUGUCUGGAGGAUGUGUUACAUUACAUGAAGAAAUUUUCCACGAAUGUGGAUCUGGCUAUAUCAGUAGCAAACUGCUUGCAGGCAGUGACGGAAGAUAAUCCAGAUAUUCUUUCUUCAUUCAAUGCUUCUGCACAACAAGUAUUGGAAACCGUGAUGUUGUGUCCAGAGAGCACAAUGAAACAUAUCCUUCUGAGAACACUGAUAGCAGGCACUAUCUGGAAUAUCAAGGAUACUAUUCCACCAGGCAGCCUGGGAAGCAUGGUUAAUGCAAUCCUGAAGAUUUUUUCAGAAUCAUUAGCAAUAGAUGCUGGCGAAACAAUUAUUCGUAUGAAUGAAGCUGAAAAAAACAGGUUAAAACUUGCUGUGGAGGCAGAAACUGAGGAAAACGUGAGUGAUGUUAUAGACAACUGUGUUUUGAGUGAAGAUGAUGACAUGGAAGAAAUACCAAAAGGCAAACUCAGAAGAGAAAAUGACAUUUCGGACCUACUUCCAUCAGAUAAGUGGGAACUGAAAGAAGUGACGGCUUUACUGAUGGCUCAGCAGACUGCUCUGGAAAUCAUUGUUAAUAUGUGCUGCAGUGAAGAUCCCUCUGAUGACGAAUGGGAAGAACUCUCCAGCAGUGAUGAAAGUGACUUGUUUAUGGAAAACUCAUACAAUGAGGGGGGCGGGCUGCUAAUGUCACCCCUGUGCCUCUCUGAUGAGGUUAACUCAGCAUUUCUGAACAACCUCAUUCCAAAGAAGAUUCUUGAAAAAACUGCUUUUCCGAAGAGUGAUGCUCUAGACAUCUGUAUGCACAAUCCGUCUUGGAAACCAUUGAUUAAAAAACUGAAUGCAGUGCAGUGUAGAGCUUUAACAUGUCUUCAUAGCAUUUUGUUAGUGUCAGAUGUGGAUUGUCUCGGAGGAGCUUCGGCACUUCAGUCCCUUGCACAGCAUCUCUCGCAGCUAGUCUUUUCUAAAACGGAACUCCCUACAGACAUAGAAUUCCUGGAAGCCAUAACCAGUGCUUUGAGGGCUCUCCUACAAACAAUGGCAUCAAAGAACAUCUCUCAGUGUAUGACUCCUGAGCAGCUAUUGGCUUUAUGUGAAGCUGGUAUUCACAGCAGCAAUGCCAGUGUUCGAGUGAAUGUAGUGAGCAUCCUUGGAAUUUCUGGCAGCGUCCUGGCAAAAGGACAAGAUACAGCUGAAACACUAAAGAUGAUUGGAAAAUUUCUUCUUGAGGUUGCUAUGAAGGAAUCUUCUCUCGUGGUAGCAGGGGAAGCCUUGGAUGCACUUUUUGAUGUAUUUGCAGAUGGUAAAGAAGCAGAAAAGGCGGCGGUACAGAUCAAGCUGCUUCCAGCACUGAAAGAAUUUCAGCCAGUGUUCAAAAUGAGGAUGCGAAAAGAAGGCAAAGGAAACUAUAGCACGGAUCAACUGUGUGUUCUUGACAAUGUGAAGAUGAAUUUGAGAAGAUUCAUUGCAUAUCAGGAGACACUAGGGAAAACCCCAACUUGAAACAUCGAGGAACUUUAAACUAAGGUUUCCCUUACUGAAUAACAUUUUCCAAAAAUAUAACUGUUUUGAACUUCUAAAAUUUACUGAGCAGAGCUGUUUUGCUUUCAUGUUAAUACUGCAUUUUUUUACAUUCAGUAUUUUUACACUUCUGGGUUGAUGCAAUAUGAAAGUCACAUCAGUGUCAAAAAACAUAGCAUACUUUGAGAUUGUUAGCAGUGAUAAGAAUGUGCUGUUGCAGUCGUGAGGUCUGUACGUAGCACCACUGUCAUUGCCUAGAAAUCCUCACGUAUCCUGGCAGAAAACUAUAAUUGCAUGAAAAAGUAAUUUAGAGAAUAUUCUUGGUUAUGUGCCAGAUAAAAAAAAAAUAAAAAUUAAAAGCUCAAGAUAUUUUUCAGGGAGUUGAGCAGUAGCAGAAUGUUCAUAUUUGCUAUUUGCUCUUACCUGUUUCUAGAAUUGCACAGGCACUUACGGCAAGCUUCCCAAGAGAAGUGUGUGACGAGUGUGUAGAUUACUGUCAGCACUUGGAUCUGUUACUUCAUGAGGCUCAUCGAAGAGAAAACUGUUUAAUUUAUGAUAAAUUCAGUAUGAUAUCUUUUUGCUGUGGAAAUCGGUGUAAGAGGAUCCUAUGCUUAUACACAGCUCCCUGUUUUUACUUCGUUUUGAUGGGUAUUUCUGAAAAUCAAGUCUCCUGAUUUACUUUCUUCCUUGUAAUUCUACAUCAGGAUGAAUUUGAAUUCAGGGAAGUAGUAAACCUAAUAAAAAGUAUUUUUUUA